AUGGACCGGAAUAAGCUUCAUCUAUUUGUCAAGGCUACCAGGAGCGUCUACGGUCCGGUCGAUGAGUCGUCCGAGCAGGACGCUGCAGAGUGGACCCCACCAGACAAGCCCGGGGCCGGCGGGUAUCGCGGCCGGUACCUCUGGACCGAUGCCUUUGGCGUGGUCAACUUCAUCACCCUGUUCAAAGAGACCGGAUCCCACAAAUUCCUCUCUCUGGCCAAGCGCCUCGUGCAGACUGUGCAUGACGUCCUCGGCCGCACAAGAGACGGAUCGUCGAGGCUGACCGGCGCGACCGAGGACCAUCCACUGAACGGGGGCUUGCGCAUCGGAAAGGACUCGGCGACUGGGCCCGACGGCGACGGCCAGUACCACCACUAUCUGACGCUAUGGAUGUUCGCUCUCAACCGACUGUCCCUGGCAGCCGGUGACCCCGCGUACAAUGAGCUGGCCAUUGAGCUAGCACAGGCAAUACACCCGCACUUUCUUCUGCGCAGGCCCUCGGGCUGCCUCAGGAUGGUGUGGAAGAUAUCCAUGGAUAUGGAAGACGUCCUAGUGCCUUCUGAGGGCCACUUGGAUGCAGCCACGGGCUAUGUUGUCUACCGGCUUCUUCAACACACGGCACAGAUUCAGAGCGGCGGACAGGCUACCGUCUUGAAAAGAGAAAUUGACGAGUAUUCGGAGAUCAUGCAUCGGGAAGGCAAACUCACGCCCAGCGGUGACACGCUCGAUCUGGGUAUGGGUUUGUGGAUGUGCCACUUCUUCAAGGGUGAGGGCUGGGCCGAUGGCCUGGGCGAGAAAGCACUGCAGAUGGGUCACAGGCUUCUCGGAGAGGACUCGAGUCUUAUGCGGCGCGAUGCUUCGCGCCGGCUCGCGUUUAGAGAGUUCGGCGCUUGUCUAGGCAUCCAAUGCUUCGGUCCCGACGAGUACUUGCGCCGCCGCAUCGAGGCGGUCGUCGGCUUCUGGGAGAAGCACCUACGGGACCACACGGACGAGGAUCUGCGGCCCAUCUCGCAGGUUAUGUACGCGGCGGCCGUGAUCCCAGGAGCGUGGAGUAGCGGAUAUCUGGGAGAGUGA